AUGAACUGCGCGGCGGACCACGUCGUUGAACGACUGCCUACGGCGCGGCAACAACCCGCCGGUGAGCCCCACCGAUUUGGCCUGUUGGCCGUCGCCGCCUUCAGUUGCAUAUGCGUUUCGCUUACAUAUGGCUUCAACCUCAUAUCUGGUGCAAUGCAGGAGCGAUAUGGCCUCACCCAACGGGACUUGUCGACAAUCAGUACUGUUGGCAUUGCGGUUGGGUAUUUUGGUUUGCCGUACAGUUUUAUUUACGAUCAUUUCGGCCCGAAGCCCAUCUACUUCCUGGGGUUGCUCUGCUACCUGCUGGGCACUGUGAUGUUCGCGUUAACGUUUCAGGGAGUUAUUGAGGGUACUGUUUUACGACUUAGCAUAUACAACGCAUCCGUGACUCUUGGUUGCUCAAUGUUCGACAUGGGUGCUUUGGUGACACUGUUGAGCGUUUUCCCCUCAAAUCGUGGUGCCGUGGUGGCCAUGCUGAAGACCUUAAAUGGCCUCGGCGCAGCAAUUGUAGGGAGCGUUCGGCUGGCUUUCUUCAGUGAGAACACUUCUGCUUACUUUUACUUUCUGAUGACCCUUGUAAUUGUUAUUGGGACGCUUGCCACCGCAUAUGUACGCCUCCCAUCGUAUCACCUUACAGGUUACGAGGAGAAUCAUUUGAGUGAGGAGGAAAAGGUAAAACGGCUCAUGAGGAAGGCCGUAUACUUGCGGCAGAAGGCACCCACGUGGCGUUUCGUGCACGGUUUCGUCAUCUUAAUAGCACUCAUUGUAUUCCUCCCCACCCAGGGAGCGCUAUUAGCUUACCUGAAGCUUGGUUCCGAUUACAAGGUGGGAUUCGCCGUCGUCACCAUUAUUCUGACGUUGUUGCUCCCCCUAAUGGCGAUCCCGACAACCAAAUUCGAUGGCAACAACCAGCGUAUUGGCAUCGAUGAUAAAUCCCCCACUGAAGGUGCUGUUGGAAGUAACGAUGGCGAUUCGAGUGGUAGCAACGUAGUAGAAACAAACGUAGACUACAUUGCGCCGCAGUUCCAGGAGUCAUUUCUUGCUGGUUUGCGCACUCUGCGGCUCUGGUGCCUGAUGUUUACAAUAUUCUUCUGUGCCGGUUCACUAUUUGUUGUCAUGUUCAAUGCUCGUUACAUCUACACAGCUAUGGUAGGUGAGGCCCCUGAUGAGGCACUUAACACACUUCUUACUGUGCUUGGCGGUGCAGGCAGCGCCACGGGGAGGCUGGGGAUGAGUUUUUUCGAAGUUUGGUCGCAGAAGCGUAAACCGGAACAGCGCGUUCCCAUCACUGUUGUGCUUUUCAUCCCGACAACCUUCGUCAUCAUUAUGUUGACGAUGUUCCUCACGGUCCCGAAGAGUGUUCUUCCUCUCUCGUAUUUUAUUGGCGCCCUUGCUAACGGAUGCAACUCAGCUACAAUCAUUCUUGUGUCGCGGACAAUAUUUGCCAAGGACCCCGCCAAGCAUUACUACUUCUGUUACAUAGGUUCAUUGUUGUCUGCCAUCUUCCUCAACCGCUUGUUGUAUGGCGAGUGGUACACGCAUGAGGCUGAAAAGCGUGGUGAAGUUGUAUGCACGGAUAAGGUGUGUGUGAUGAUGCCGAUGAUGCUGUUACUUGUUCUUUCUCUCUUGGCAUUUGUAAGCAGUUCAUAUGUUCAUGUGCAGUACCGCCGGCUCUGCACCAAAGCUUUGGAAGAGCGGCGCCGCAUUCGUGAGGAAGAAGCUGCAGCGCGGAGGCAGCUCUCCGGUGCCACUGCAACGGCGGAACUUCCCAACUAA